AUGACAUAUUCCCAAACAGCCGUGAUCAUCGGCGGCUCCAUUUCCGGCCUCCUCCACGGCAUCCUCCUAAAACACCAUGGCUUCAAUGUCACCAUCUUAGAGAAAGACACCUCACCCAUCUGCCGAGGUUAUGACGCAGGCGUCAAGGAAGGUCUCGAUAUGCUUGCUUUCCUCGAUAAAUGCGAUCAAGUGAAGCAUCCCCAAACCAUCAGCUGCUUGACUCCUAGGACAAUCAACCAGGAGGGAAAGGCAAGCUGGUCUGCUGGGAAGGCCUAUAGAGACGACGAGCUGGGGGCUUCUCGUCAGUAUUCUGCGAGCGAAUUUCGACGGGAUGACGAGUAA